AUGUCUUCUCCAAAGUCAAUUCUACUAAUUGGUGGCUCUCGCGGUAUUGGGCUGGGUAUUUUGUCUGUUUUCCCCGAAGCAACUAUCUUCGCAACCGCAAGAGAUCCAAGCAAAGCAAAUGAGCUUCAAGACGUUGUCAAUGCAAACAAGGGUCGCGUUCAAGUUAUUGCGGCUGAUGCCAAUGACUCAAACUCGCUUCAUUUAGCUGCCGAAGAGAUUGGUCGACUAACUGACUCUUUGGAUAUUGUGAUAUACAACUCCGGUAUCCUAAAUGGUUUUGGAAACCUCUUGGAAGUGGGUAUUCAGCCAUUGAUCGAAAACAUCACGACAAAUGUCUAUGGAGCAUACUAUACUGCAACUGAGUUUGUACCUCUUUUGUUAAAGUCCAAGUACGAAAAGAAGACUCUGGUCCUGCUUUCAUCUUCAUUUGCGUCUAUGCAAUUGAGCGACGAAACCUCAGCGGUCCACGAAUCACUGUUCGGGAGUGGCUAUGAUGCGACUGCAAUGUAUAAUAUCUCGAAGACCGCCCUCAAUCGCCUGGGAAAAGAACUUGACAUUGUGCUUGGCCGACAGGGCCUACCGGUUGUCCUUAUUCACCCAGGAUUGGUAAAGACAGAUAUGAAUCCAUAUGGAGAUAUUGACAUCUCUGAGAGUGUCUCAGGUGUUGUCAAUGUUAUACAGUCAUUUAAGGCGGGAAAGAAGAAUUUUUAUGACUGGAGUGGAAAUGAGCUGCCGUGGUAG